GUUCACUCGGGUCGCAGGUAAUCCUCCAAGCUGUAGAUCGCCAGUCACACACGCUAGAAUUUCGCACUCUCGCGUCACGCCCAAGUGCACCCUGCCUGACCGAUCGAAAGAAACUGACAUUAAAAGAGAGCACCCGUCCAGACAGCCUCGCCCCCGCGUCCCCCAGAGACCAACCACCAUGACCAGAAACCCUCCCCCGACCUCCCCGGCGCCUAACCCCUCCUCGAUCUUCAUGCCCCCGACCACCUCCUCGUCGCCGAGCAGCAGCAGCGGCACAGGCCCAGAGCGGCGGCCGGAUGCCAUGGCCGCGACGACGACAGCCGAGCCCACGCCCCUGCCUCCCAGGCGGCCGUUGUCAGACGACGAAGAGCCGCAGCACCAUCAGCAGAACGGGCAAGAGGAGAGCUCGAACCACAAGGAUGACGACGACACCUUCCCCCUGCCCAAGCUCCGCCUGCACGUCCAGGACGCCAUGCACCCGGGCGCCGCGCGCUUCCUCGCCGCCGUGGACGCCCCCGCCCUCCUGUCGCGGAGCGUCCAGACCGUCCUGAGGCUGCUGUACGUCUCGCCGCACAAGCACAGGGCGCACGACGACGACAACGACGACAGCGCCGCCGGGUCACCAGCAGGCACCCGCACCCGCCGGCCGUCGAGGCCGCACUACACCCCGCCGCCGACGCGGUCCGUGACGCUGUUCCUCGAGGACAUGGACGGCGUCGCGUACACCAAGGGGACGGACCUGGACGGCGACCACAAGGAGAUCCACCUGAGCCUGGGGUACGUCAAGGGGAUCCGGCGGGCGGCGCCGGCCAUCCUCGGCGACGCCGCGGGCGCCUACGAGAUCGAGGGCGUCCUCGUGCACGAGCUCGUGCACUGCUUCCAGCACAACGGGCGCGGGGCGUGCCCGGGGGGCCUGGUCGAGGGCAUCGCGGACUGGGUGCGGCUCGGCGCGCGGCUGGGGCCGCCGCACUGGAGGCGGGACGCGGUGCCGGACCGGUGGGACCAGGGGUACGAGCGCACUGCUUAUUUCCUCGACUGGCUUGAGGGGCGGUUCGGGAGGGGCACCGUUAGGAGGAUGAAUGAGGCUUUGAGGGUGCGCGAGUAUAAGGAGUCGGAGUUCUGGACGGGGUUGUUCGGCCACGAGGUCGACGUCCUGUGGGAGGAAUACCUCAAGACGCUGAAGAAGGGCGGCCGCGACUAGUUGCCGUUGCCGCCUCUCCCUCCGUCAUGAGAGUGAGCGCGUGCGUGUAAGUUGAUCGAACCCCGGAUUUAUGAGUACAGUAGGAGCCUGUAGACCCAGGGCGGUGACCGUGCAGAAUCACGAGCCAUAGACAUGAUGGUAAGGGCUACUAAAGGUGAUCGUUUUGGAGCACUCCGCUUAGUAGACUUAAUGAUGGCCAUGUUUGCUUGUGAAUUGGAGCAGAUCCUCACGAGUAGUCCUGGCCACUGGAGUAGCCUGCGGUCCAAGCUGGGAUUGAGGAAACCAAACUCUGCUCCUCUUAUAGGUUUCGGAUUGCAGUAGAGGAUAAUUUAAAACAUAUUUUAUUCCUCGGUGUACCCCUGAGAAGUGUUGUCUACGCAUUAUAGGAGACUCUUAAACCCGAAAGACGUGUGUGCAUUUUCCCCCUGACGCCGAGCCGAACAGUAAUCCCUUCCCUGGUGACCCUGGAAACCAACCGGCAAAACUCCGUAAACUAGCAAGUGAACUUCCAAUGAAAAACUAAUCUCAAUCAAAGCAAAACCCCAGGAGAGGCAUCUCUCACACGCUACGAGCGCGCCGCUGGCCUGUGGCCGUCCUCGCUCUCGCUAACAACGCUGCCGACCUCGGUCCAGCUGUGAGCCGGGGUGGGGAUGCCGUCCUCGUCCUCACUCAGCACGUCGUAGUACUUGGAGGAGCCGUUCUGGGACGCGGCGAUCUCGUUGGCGACGUCGAAGCCGGAGCCGGCGACCGACGCCGAGUCGGUGGGCGUCAGCUGGCCCUCGCUGACCAGCUCGCCGUCGGACAUCUCGCUGAGGGGCGCGGCGGGCGUCACGGGCAGGGGCGAGUAGAAGUCGCGGCUCGACUCGUGGUUCUGCAUCUGCGCCUGCUGCUGCUGCUCGGCCCACGCCUGGAUCGAGGCGUAGGCGUCGUGCUCGCCCUCCCGGUCGGACUGGCCGGCCGUCAUGUACUCGUCCUGGCCGAGCUCGGCCUCCGAGGCGGAGUCGCGCGGGGUGGAGGCCGAGGGGGAGUCGGGCUGUGUGGCGUCGAAGAGCAGCUCUUGUACGGCGCGUGGUGGCUCGGCGGCGGGGAUCAGUUCUGGCAUGGCGUCGUGGGCGGGAGACAGUGUCCGCGACAGGAUGCUGUCGGCGGGCCUGGGGGAGGCGGUGUAGAUGUCGUCGGUGGACAUGACCUCGUCCUUCUCGGGGGCGAUCUCGCUGUCCUCCAUCUCGUUGUAGUCGAUCCCGUGCUCGUCGGCGAAGGGGUUGGCGUAGAUGGACGAGUUGAGGCCCCGAACGCCCUCGGACGCCCCGCGCCUCCUCACGAGACCGUCGUCAUUGUUCCGCACGUCGGCGCCCGUGUUGAAGACGUAGGUGCCCUUCUCGUUGCUGGUCUCGUCCUUCUGCAGGAAGUCGUCGAACGUGGUGCCCGAGCGCUCCAGGGCCCCGCUCUCCUUGAGCUUCUCGUUCUCGGCCGUCUGCUUCUCCAGCUCCUGGCUCAGCUUGACGGCGUUCCAGUAGAGCAGCUCCUCGCGCUGGCGCUUGCGGGAGUCUUCGUCAGCGUCGACGUCGCCGGACUGGAGGAAGCCCUCGGCGUCCUCGGGCCUGUUGAACAGCGGCUCGCGGGAGGUGGCGCCCCCGGCCUCGGGGCCUAUGCCGUCGCCGAGGGAGUGCAGUGCGAGGGCGAUGCGGCGGCGCAGGUCUGUGGCCAUGCGCUGGAGUUCGGGUGACUCGUAGAUGGCGAUGGCGGCGGCCACGGCCACGCUGACGGCGAUCACGCCAGCUGAGAUGGCGGCUUGGUUAAUAGGAGGCAUGUUUGCAGGUUUCAAAAAAGAAUGGUGUGAAAGGGGAUCGUGGGCGGAGGAAAUGGGUGGAUGGUUUGGGCAAGGUGGGGUCUCUCCGGUGUAAGUGCGCCCAAGCUCAGGCAACCGGGCGGUGAGAGUUGAGGGAGCCAAAGGGACCACGCCAGAAGUUCAAGUGAAUACACAGCAGGCCAAACAAGAAGGGCUGAAGUUGUCUCGAGGAUGGAUACUCGAGGAGGAAUACUCGAGAGAGCAACUCGAGACUGGCAGGUGCUCCAAGUUGAAUGAGGGGCGAAACGGGGGAGGGCUUGCGUGGACCACGGCACGUCUGAGUUGCCACCCAACUUUGUUGGAGAAAGCGGCCGACGCAGCCCCCACCCCCCAGCAUUCGGCCCAGGCACCAAGGCACCCAGGCCUCCCAAAAGGCCCAGUCUGGCGGCCAGCCAGGGCGUCUGAUUCGCACCACAUCUUCCUUGCUCCUCCCACCCGGGCCCCACGAGGGAUCAUCCGUCACCUGCCACUGCCCGUGUCGCCGCGCGAUUGAACGAACCGUCACCGGGGGCCUGGGGCCCCAUGGAACGUGCGGGUCCCGCGCCUGUGAGUGCGAGUGCGGCUUCGACGGCAUGCGAGGUUACGGUGCACAGCCGGGAGAGACAGCAGCAGCAGGUGGUUGUGGUGGCUUGAUGAAUGAAUGAAUGACUGGAUGGGCAGGGCAGGGCAGUAAAGGUCUCCCGGCGGAUGACAGAAAACGGUGCACAAAGAAGCAAAUAUGUUGCAGCUCUCGUACGUACCUUUGGCCGCUAAUGGAACAGGCAUCUUAAUUCGGCUUUGAACUUUAGAUCUGGAGAGGAUCGACUGAAUAUCGGUGGUUCGUCUGGGUCGAGUCGUCGAGUCGUCGAGUUGUUGGUCUCGAAUUGCCGAGGUCUCCCUGAUCUGAUCUACCUGACCUUGGCUGCCCGCCCAAAGGAUCAAAUGAGAAAAGAGCGAAAAGGAUGCAAGUACAACUAGGAAAAAGGAGAGAGAGAGAGAGAGAGGUUGAAACCAACCGAGGGGGUCAGGGAGGGUGUGAAGGACCGAGGACGGAAGAGGAGGAAUCAGGCUGAAGACUGGGGUGUCGACGACGCGGCCACUUCGGUGAAUCAAUGACAUGCGACCACCUUAUGCAAGAUAGAGAGGGAGAGCAGACCCGUCGCAGCCCGCCCGCGUGCUUGGACGCUCGGAUGGGAUGGCGGGUACUUUGUGGGCCAUGCAAACCUUGUCCUGCCCAAGGUAUCUUUCUUGUCUUUAGUUGCCCUCCCGGAUACGGAGUAGAGUGCAGUGUGAUGCCCUCGUGACGUGCUGCCUCCACACUGC